AUGGCUAUUAAUCCAGAUGGAGGUCUCAAUGUUCUCCCUGUUGUGGGCAUCAAGAUAAAGUCGAAAGUGCCUGGUGUUAUGAUUACGCAAUAUGUGGAGGAACUACCAGAGGGAAAGACAACUCCAGAUUUCACCCGCAAACCAAUUGCUCUGACUAUACAAGAGGGUAAAUUAGCAGUUUUUAAAGCCAGAAUUGUGGGCGAACCAACACCUACUGUCACAUGGAGCAGAGCAAAUGGAGAAAUGAAUUUUAAACCUGGUGUGUGCGAACAAAAGUAUGACCCUGCAGGUAAAGAGAAUACCCUUGAGUUUCCAAAGGUGACUCCGGAGGAUGGUGACACCUACAAGUGUUUUGCAGCAAAUGAAUUUGGAAGGGCCGUUUGCACUGUUGUCUUAAACGUUAUUGCAGUCAACAUAAUCAGAAACUAG